AUGGAGCAAUCCAACCCUUCUUCAGAUUCUCAAUCCACCAGCAUCAAUUUAAUGACCCUUCCCUCGGAACUUCACAUCCAAAUAAGCACCUACCUUUCCUACCCCGACGCGCUAGCCCUAAAACACAGCAGUCGCCAUUUCUACUCGAUUGUCUACACAGGCGUGCGGCUAAAAGUUGACUGGCUCGUCGAAAGGUUCGAGCAUAAGCUCGAAUGCCCCAUGGAGAAGUGCUUGUUCAGUACGGACGAGUCCUUUUGCAAUAAACGCGUGCGCGGAAUUAUGGAGCGCCGUCGGUGGCAUCUUGAGUGUCGCCGGGUUAAGAAUGGCUGUCUGAUUGUCAAUGGCCAAACCUGUCAGACAAAUUUAAUGUCUGGUUGGUUCAAAGCGAGAGCACAGGGAAAUAGGAGAGCUGUCAAGGUGGUGGAGAGCUGGGGGCAUGAAGGUUCGUUCCCUGUUUAG